CCGGGCGCGGGUGGGGACGGAGAGGCGGAGGGGUGGGCGUGCGUGCGUCCUGGCGUCCUGGCGCGCGCUGCCCCGUCCCGUCCUUUGAUUCCUCGAUUUUGUUCUCUUCGGCUGAGGGGCCCCAAGGGAGUCGGGAAAAUCUCCACCAGCACCUGUAGAAAUAGAUUUUGGAGGGGAGAAAGAGGAAUGGCCGCCCUCGCCGGCCCGCCGACUCCCUGACGGCCGGGUCAGGUGCUGCGCUUCCUCUGCCCGCUUCUGGUCCUUGGAUGAGCUUCCCCCCGUAAGGGAACCUAAAAUUGGGGGCGGCCGAGACGCCUCCUGGGCAGCUUUUGGACUCCGACUUUGAAUAUCCUUUCUAGACAAACUGAGAUCCGUUAAGUGACUUAACAGGCUCUGAAGGUCUGAUCCAGAGAGCCCCCAUCAAUUCAAAGGGAACAUCCCCAUUGGACUGGAUUCAAGAGCCACUGAUAUCUUCGGAUGCCCUUGAGAAGAAGAACUUUUGGCAGAAGGUUUGCAGAAAACAGCAUCAAUUGCAGGAUUGAGUUGAAGGCGUGUGAUGCAAUGGAAAGAGCACUGGAUUUAGAAUCAGAGAGCUGCGGAGAUGAAAAAUGGCAAGUUCAGGUCCACCUGCCCAGAAGAUACUAAAAGCUAAAAAGACCAUGCCUACAAGUUUCCAGAAACAAAUACAUAUGCAUAAAUCAGGAAAUAUUGAGACACUGAAAGCAAUAGAUAGGAAUAAUGUACAUAGUGGAAAUCAGCAGUUAAGGAUGGAUGUUAUACAUAAGAAAAGUGAAAAUUCUGAUAUGAAGAAUUUCUUACUGGACUCAAGGAGAAAUACCAUACUCCCUCAGGAAAAUGAAACAUUUCCUCAGACUUUAGCACUAUCACUAAAAGCAGUAAAGAGCAACUCAGAGAUGAACUUUGUCAAUGAACAAGUUAUUGAUCCAACAACCAGGCCCAGUGAAACAGAAGAUUCUUGCAAGAAACUUUUUAUACAAGAUUCAAGUGACUUACAGAAAACUUCAUGUGGUUCUGAACACAAAGCAAAUGAAAAAAAAAUUUCAUUUGAGCAAGCUAAAGUUGAUUUGAAUCCAAAACCAAGCAGCAGCCCAUCUAUUUUGUUGAAUGGUUUAAUUAACAAGCCAGCUUAUAUAUUAGGCAGUCAUAUAGAAAAAACUUUUAAUGGUAUUUGGAAUGGUAAAGGAAAUCACGUACGUCCCAGGUUAGAAGUGACCUCACAUUUGGAUUCACCCGUCUCACAGCAGAAUGAAGCCAUUUCAGUUAUACAUUCAAACAUUCAUCUUAAGGCUAACAAGACAUCUAAUUUGAAAAGACCAGUUGAGGUCAGGAAAGAUACAAGUGAUUUUUUGAAGACACAAGAAUACAAUCAAAUCAAUUGUUCAAGUAGAAUAGACUAUGGAAAUACAGUCUCUACAUGGCAUUCGUCAUUUGAAACAAAUAAUAACACCUCAAAGAAACGGGCUCUUUCAGGAAACAAAGAGAAUAUUAAGCGCAUGAAAACUUCAAAUGAAAUUAAUGAGAACAUUUGUAUAGUUGUGGAAGAAGAAAACUCACUGUUUGAACAGAGAAAAAUAUCAAGACUCGAUAGACGUAUUAAAGCUGCAUUAGCAGCAGUUCAAAAGAAUGGAUUAGAGUUAAAAACCCCAACCCAAAAUAUGGCUUAUAAGCAGGUCACAAAUUCAAAGACUAUCCUAUUAAAUAAGAAUCAAGGGGCUGAGAGGGACCGACCAAAUAUAAAAUUGGCUUCUUUAAACAAUAAAUCAUCUGGAUCUUCAGAAAUACCUAUUCCUGAAGCAAAGCAAAAGAAAAAUUUGACUUCAGAUUGUGUUGAAGUUGUGUCUGAAAGUAACAAUGCUGAUGUUAUGAUGAUUUCUGAGGAAAAUGUUCGUUUGAAAGCUCCAGUAACAGAUGUUGAAAAAACAGUACUGGCAAAAUCAAAUGAUUCACUUGGUUCUAAAACUAAGUUUAAGGCUUCAGGGGGAAAAAUAAAACUUGAUGAUUUGGUGAUUGACCUGACAGAAGAGGCCAACUUAAAUUGUAAAACAGCCUCUUUGGUGCAAGUCCUGGAAUUGCCUGUGGCGGCCAAUGAAAAUUUAAAGGAGAAGAAGCAACCGAUACAAGAUUCAGCACAGGUCCUGGAAUCAUUUGAGCACCUUCCUUCACUACCAGACAUACCUCAACAUCCUGUACUUGCAGGCUUCAAUGACUCUCUUCCUCCCCAGAAGUUUGAGCUAAAACUGAAACAGGUUCUUAAGCCAAAAGGCAUAGCAUUGACAUGGAACAUUUCUCAAAUUAAUCCCAGGUGUGCCCCUGUGGAAAGCUAUCACCUCUUCAUUUGUCAUGAAAACACUACAAGCAAUAGCAAAACAGCUUGGAAGAAAAUCGGGGAAAUUAAAGCUUUACCCCUCCCGAUGGCAUGUACUUUAUCUCAGUUCGUGUCUUCUAGCACAUAUUAUUUUACUCUACAAGCAAAAGAUAUUUAUGGAAGAUAUGGACCUUUCUGUGAUAUCAAAUAUACCCAUGGGUUCUCUGAAGAUACUAAAGAGUCACAAAUUCUUCCUACGUAAAAUAUCUGAGCUGUUCAUUCUUACACAUCAGCAACCUAAAAGUACAUGUGGAAUUUAACUGGCCAGUUCUUAAUUGCGAACCUCUGUAUGGAGAAUUGUCUUAGCUCAGUCUAUGACUGAUAUUCAAUAGGGCAUCUUCUAAGAGGAGAAAUGACACAUGUGAAGUAUAUGUUAAAUAAAAUGGUUUUCUACUUGUUGAUAGCUUUUGGUGAUGUGUAUAUGUUGGAGUCACCUAAUCCAGAAAAAUGUUGAGUCGUAUAAUUAAAAGAGUUUCCUAUAAUGUAUUUCCAUUAAAGUUUUCUUAAAAUGCAUUUGUUAAUCGAGUGCUACUUUUUUGUUUUAUAUCCUGGAUAUUUUUUUUCUGUUAUAAAUCAUAUUGGAAAAUUGUCUGGAAGGAUUUUGUAAAUGUCUGAAGUCUGGUACGAUGCAAAUUAUUAAACUUUGUGCUGUAUGAACAAAA